AUUUAGUAUAUAUAUUAAGAAAAUGUUUGGCGCACAUCAAAGAGCAGAUAAAACAUCAUCGUUUCUCGAACCUCACCGCUCCAUCUCCUCCGCUAUCGAGAUGACCACAGCCGCAUCUCCGCCGCCCCGGCGCCGCUCCGUUUCCCUCGGCGUUGACGUUGGCACAGGAAGCGCACGCGCAGGGCUGUUUGAUAACGACGGACGCCUUUUAGGUUCUUCGAGUAGUCAGAUACAGAUUUGGAAAGAUGGCGAUUGUGCUGAGCAAUCGUCCACCGAUAUAUGGCUCGCAAUUUGCACAGCUGUCAAAGCAGCUUGCUCUCUAGCAAAUAUUUCUGGGGAAGAAGUGACCAGUUUGGGGUUUGCUGCUACUUGUUCGCUCGUUGCUGUUGAUUAUGAUGGCGAACCUGUUACAGUUUCUUGGAGCGGCGACACGAGAAGGAAUAUUAUUUUGUGGAUGGACCACAGAGCUGUAAACCAAGCGGAGAGAAUUAAUUCUUCUAAGUCGCCGGUAUUGGAAUAUUGUGGUGGGGCUGUAUCCCCUGAGAUGCAGCCACCUAAGCUUCUGUGGGUGAAAGAGAAUUUGCCAGAGUCUUGGUCAAUGGCAUCUAGGUGGAUGGAUCUGAGUGAUUGGUUAUCAUAUAGGGCAACUGGAGAUGAUACUCGGAGUCUAUGCACAACAGUCUGCAAAUGGACAUAUUUAGGUCAUGCGCAUAUGCAACAGACCAAUGAGAAUGAUUCCCGUGAUAUGGAAGCGCUUGGAUGGGAUGAUGACUUCUGGGAGAAGAUUGGUUUAGGUGACCUUGUCGAUGGCCAUCAUUCCAAGAUUGGACGGAGUGUAGCUUUUCCUGGUCAUGCUUUGGGCUCCGGUCUGACACCUGAAGCUGCAAAGGAAUUAGGUCUAGUGGCUGGGACACCAGUUGGAACAUCCUUAAUAGAUGCUCAUGCUGGUGGCGUUGGAGUUAUGGAAAGUGUGCCUGUGUCGGUAGAUUCCGAAUCAAAAGAGGUUGAUGAAGAAGCAAUAUCUCGUCGAAUGGUGCUAGUGUGCGGAACUUCCACUUGCCACAUGGUUAUUUCCAAGACCAAAUUGUUCAUUCCCGGGGUCUGGGGACCAUAUUGGUCAGCUAUGGUGCCUCAGUAUUGGCUCACAGAAGGAGGCCAGAGUGCCACUGGGGCAUUACUUGAUUACAUCGUAGAGAACCACGUUGCUUCUCCACACCUGGCAAAUAGAGCCGCUUCUCGAAGUAUUUCGAUAUUUGAACUUCUGAACGAGAUACUGGAAUCAGCGAGGGAAGAAUUAGGUUCUCCAUUUGUUGCUGCUUUAACAAAUGACAUUCACGUCCUUCCCGAUUUCCAUGGAAACAGAUCUCCCAUUGCAGAUCCGAUAUCGAAAGGGAUGAUUUGUGGCUUAACUCUCGAUACAAGUGAAAAGCAGCUUGCUCUUUUAUACCUUGCCACUGUACAGGGUAUAGCAUAUGGGACCCGGCAUAUCGUAGAGCACUGCAAUGCCCAGGGACACAAAAUUGACACGUUACUUGCAUGUGGUGGGCUUACAAAGAAUUCCUUGUUCAUUCAAGAGCAUGCAGAUAUUACAGGUUGUCCUAUUAUUCUUCCACGGGAAAAUGAAUCAGUGCUUUUGGGUGCUGCUAUUCUCGGUGCAGUUGCUUCGAAGAAAUAUUCCACCGUGCGAGAGGCCAUGAGAGCACUAAAUGCAGCUGGGCAGGUUGUUUAUCCCUCCAAGGACAUAAAAGUAAGAAGGUACCACGAUGCUAAGUAUCGUGUCUUUCGCGGUCUAUACGAGCAGCAGUUGUCUCACCGUUCGAUGAUGAGGGAAGCUCUUUCGUAGGUUUGAGCAUCGGUUUUCUGAACAUUAUAUUGUUUCCUUAGUUUUUUGAGCUACAUGAGUUGUACAUCUAUUUUCGUUGUGUAGCUAUUUAAUAUUUUCUUUUAUUCAUUAAAAAAAAAAUGUAUACGGGAUAAUCGUCUGUGAAUUGUCAUCAUCUUCAUCUACACUCGAAUAAUAAAGCUUCAUUUUGUGGUUUGA